UUUGUUCCUAACCAGCACAAAUACUCACACCCUGUGACUUGGAGACCGCCAACUGCCAAUCAGCCAUGGACCCGGUUGGACCGUGUGACAAUCGCCCACCGGUGGACAGCCUUCAUACAAGCUUUAUCGUCAGUUUUGGAAUACACCGCUCGACCACGCAAUUGUAAAGGAGUGCGUAUCUGUUCGCUUCUCCCUUUGAACACGCUAGUUGAUUUAAACCCUAUUGAAAGCCCUCCUGGAACUCCUCCUGGAAAUUGUCUGUGUGGAUCGGCACUAUCAUGCUUCCAGAGUUCGACGGUCACAAUGUUAGUAACGGUGGUUUGGAUGACAGCUGGAGAACGGCGAAAAAGGCGACGAUCACAGCCCCUAAAGCCAUCUGCCCGAGGACACUUACACACCCGAAUGUACACUGUAUCUCCAGUAUCUCUGAUUGAAGUCAGGGAACCAAUACCAUUAACAGACGGCAAUGAUGGUGCAUGUGCUAAUAAUGAGGGGUCUACGGUUAACAGAGAGUACUGGUGGAUUACAGGGACCGAGGGACUGGAGAAGGUCUUUGUCAUGGGGAACAGUCACAUCCCAUUGCAGCUGAUCGGAUCAACUAGUCGGAGAAUGAUUGAUUUCAGUGAGACAAUCUCCGAAACGCAUGGUUUUCCAGCUCAUUCGCAGAAACUUUGUUCUGAACUGGGGGCUGAACAAUUUGAAUUCAUCAUCCUUUGUGUAGCAAUGUGUGCAGAAUCUGGUUUCCGAAAGUCCGGAAGUCCACGGGCAUCCACCGAAGUUACCUCUUUGCAACAAAACAAGCUACAAAAUAAGGAAGCGCUCGAAAAAGGCCUUCGAUCUAGACGUUCAAUCAAGGAGUUGGUCAAUCAAGGCAUCUUGCUUAGUCCAUCUAUAUCACAUCCUGACAAAGUUCGUCAGUUGCAGCGAGCCAAGACGAGUGACCUCCUGAAACACAAAAUUGAGAAGAGACCGGACAGACAACAGUUAAUUAAUCGUCGGAUUAUUAGAGACGACAAACCAGGCACCUCACCCUAUAUAUUAGAACAAUGCCAUAAUCUGGAAAAGUACCAACUGAAAACAGCAUUAAAUUCGAAACUAACAACCAGGCCUGGGACUUUGGAAUUGGUCGAAAAGGGCGUGCUUCAGGUUGAUCCAGGUGUUGAUUCGCUCAUCCGGUGUGGGUCAAUCCCGUAUCCUCGUGUUCAGAGUGUCGGCAGCGGUGAAAAAGUGAGUGCGGACGCAGUCGUGAUUCCCGCCCCGCCGCCCUUACUUUGCAUCAAACCAGCACCUCCAGCUCACACUUCAAAGUCAACGGUACCGACGCGCAACAAAUUCACAAGCCGUUCCUCUGUGGGCCCUUCGUCCACGAGUCGUUCUAUCAAAGACGAGACGGUAGUUUACAAACUGGGUUCUCUUGUGUUUCACAACUAUUGUCCCAGAUCUGUACAGUCUCUCUCGCCCAACGUUGUGACUUCCACAUCAUUCCAACAAAAGCAGCAGGCUCGUGAAGCACAACAAGUUGAAAUGUUGCGACUACAGGACACGGCUAGGGUUCACCGGCUAGUAGGACAGGAAUUGAGCCAACGUGCUGCCUUGCGACGUGCCCCGUCAGUCAACCAGUCUAGUUCUUCCGUAGAACCGAACACAGGAGGCUUCGGGAACAUAUCUUGUUCAUCCCAGUCACCUUCAGUAAUUACCGUAUCACCUUUGAAUUCUCCUAUGUUUCUUGGUGCCGUAUCAACAACCGAAAACACACAUUCCGGCUUUGUUCAAAAUUUUAUCACCCCAGACACAAAUGUUCAAAGCCCGACAACCCUGUCUCCUGCAGGGAGCCAGUUUCUUAAUUUGGCGUCAGGACUAGGUCAAGCACACACGUUGGAGCAACUGAAUGUGUUGCAGUUGCGAUCCGAAUGCCGCGAACGCAAACUAACGGCUUCGGGUUCCAAGUCCACAUUGAUUCGCCAACUGGAACCCUACCGUGACCAAAUAUUGGCCAGUUACUUUUUGAACAAAGAUUUAAGACCAGUCAAGUAUUCAAACUUCAUUCCUUUCGACCCCCAGUCUUCUGUAGUACGACCACAACCCCCAACAACACACCAGUUUCCACUGCUCCAGCCAAAGCCACUGACUAUGACAGCUCCCAUUUGGCGGAUGUCCACAGCUGGUCAGCACAUGCCAACUUUUACUUCCACCGAUAGCGGUCCUACCACUUCAUCCCCGUUCAUCCCUGUGCAAAACAGUUUUGUCUUUUGUUCCUCGAGCCCUACCCCACAACAAAGUACUCCGAGUCAGUCAGUCGACCCUUCCAUAUCAACGUUAACUUCGGCUACUAGUGAAGUUCUCAAUGUUGGACUUUCUCUCCGUCACUCGAGCUCUGCUCCACACAUGAUAGACGACACCUAUCCGCAACAAGCAGCAAAUCACAACACCAUUCCAGCUACUUCUGUCCAGCUGUCUUCGAUGGCGUCUACUUCGCUAAUCCUUGUCCAGGUGGCAGCUGACGCACCGUUCUCUACUCUUCCCUCCAUCCCAAUAUCUAUUAGUCAACAAAUUCCAUUUGUUCCUCUGUCCAAGCCCUUUGUGGAAUCCUCGGUUUGUUAUGCCUCCAGUCCGUCAAAUCUCCCCCUAGCAUCCGGUGCAAUCGGUGUCUCUCAAACCAUCCAGUCCCAGACUGCGUACUCGACUCAGAAUGAUUUUAAUGGGUCCGCGGAAUCUUGCUUUCAGUCACCUGUAUCUUCUUCCGAUCAAUCUCGCCGGAGUUCAAACGUUGUUCAAGGACCCGCAAAUGAAUCACAACAGUUCCUCGUCACCACUAUUGUUGACCCGUGUGCUCAAGUUAAUAGCUACGUUUGUUCUGAUUGUCCUGUGGAUCUAAAACAUUCAGCUCAUAACAAUGGACCCCCUACACUCGUUCAGAUUGAACAUAUUUGGCUUCGUGUGCGACAGUUGCGCCGAAGAAUUGCCAAGGAGCAAGCCUUGGACAUCCAAUCGGACGUGAAACAAGAAGAGAGCGAUGAGCGGUCCGGGCGACUACAAGCUCUCAUGCAAGAACACGAACAACUUGCCGUCCUUUGUCGGCUGCUAGUUAUCGAACGAAUCGAUGCACUAGACGAAAUGAUCGAUUCCGGCUUUCAGAAUGGCGCUGCAGACCCUGGUCUAUCUUCGGGUCGUUUUCCGAACUCUGGAUUGCUGUCUUCCUCCAGCAACUCUACCUCCGGACUUCAAUUGGAGCGUAAUUUACUGUACUCGUACCUGCGCAAGUUAGGUGGCAGUGCUUUGGUUAACUGUGUCUCCUCUUCUACCGUCCGAUCUCGUCGUUCCAGUUCUCCUUUGCUGCAUGUUAAGCCGACACUCGAAACCACACCUAACCAGGUUUCUGGCUCUGCGGUUGACAGGUCCCACUCAUCCGAGAUUGGUCUCACAAGCGUUCCUUAUGUCGCCUCCACUCCACGCCUUCGCCAUAUUAGUUUUGAUCCAAACGCUGAACUACCAGGCGUUUCUUUAAGCAGGAUACAUACGGCAUCCAGUUGGUCCGAUGGACUACAGAUUUUGAAUAACCGUUCCGCCGCAUAUACAGAUGGUGGAGCAACAAGGGAAGAGGUAGAUCAUAUCACCAUACUCCUGAUGAUUUGUUCUAAAUUACCCACCAUAACUGAUCACUUCUUACUCAACUUUCCUACUUCUAUACCUGUGGUUACCAGCAAAGAACCAAUGGAACCGCCACCUUCACCCCUAACCACGGAUGCUUUAUUUGAACUAUGGGAUAGCGUCUUGAAGGAUACAAAUAAAACCAACGAAGAUUCGUCUUCAGUGCCCAUACUUGACAAUGGACUUCCACAGGACCUACCUUCGGAUGCUGAAUCUAUGGAUGUGCAGACAACUGGUCCAACGAGUUGUACAGUCUUUGGUCUUAACAGACAAGUAGCCAGAUGGUUCUUCUUCACUGGCACAUGCUGUACUGCACGUUUUGCUCAUGCAACCGGAGCGCCCAGCGUGCGAGUUUCCCGCGAGGAUCUCUGGUGGUCCUCAUCCACUCCAGAGACGCAGCAGCUCCUCCACACCCAACUGGCCAGUUGCUCGCCCCAACCGGAAUUGGGUACCAAGCGCCGGCUGCGCACCUUCGACGAACUGGUGGCGCGACACUCCGCCCAGUCCCGACAAAGCCCAAUCCAACGACUGCUUCAGGCCGGCGAAGAACAGCGUCGGGUCAGAUCCAGGCGCCAUCCCGGCCCUCUUGAACCGCCUCAUAGCCUCCUGGCGGUCGGCCCAUAUGUCGAACUCCGCUGCAAGGACUUCCUUCGCGGCGGCCUAGUCUAUCUUCCGAGGGCGUCUCCUUGCCGCAUCCAAGGCCGCCUUCGCCCGGCCCCCGAGGAGGGUCUUCAGCGCCGCCAACUUACCUCGGUCGGGACUACAGUGGAUAACCUGCCCGAAGUUCGGACGUUACUAUCGCAUAAACCAGAUACUUUCUGCGCAGAAUCUUCCAUGUGCAUUCCAGAACUGGCUUCGGACCCUUCUCCAUCUAAUAACUCUGCUCAUGCACAAGCACCCCACAUCAUGCAGUGUGAAGAUCAUCCCCACAGUGGUACAUCUUCAUUAACUUUCUCGGAGAGAUUGGAUUUUUCUACGUUAGGUUCCAGCUUCAUGACGUCAACUCUUCCGACGGUUUGCAAUGUCAAUGCAGUGAUGCUGCCAACUUCAACGCUGUGGUCUUCUCCUUUCAACUCAAAAAUAUCCAGUCCCUCAACCUCUUCGUGUACCGCAGUCACGCACACAUCAGGACACCGUCCCGACAAGUCCGUAUUUCCCGGCUCCUCGCUAAUUUCUCAGGCCAAUGUACCCCCGGUGGAACUAGCAGACGCUUUGUUUACCUCCUUGGACUCUACGGAUCUUGCUGAGCUCAUGGACACGGCAGAGCCAGUCGGAAUGUCGCCGAUAGCGAUGAACUGGACGAUUGAUACCUAAUUCGUGUAUACACCAUUUAGGCCACAACAUAUUUCUAUUCUUAUAUAACACGUGAUUCCCUUUUGUCUUACUCCCCUAUUAUUUCGAGAGUCAACCAUUCAGCUCCCUAUUUACGCCCCAAACAGAUUUUUUUCGUUUGUCGCCCUACCUCUUUCCGUUCGUUGAUCCCACUUCCGAGUGCUCUCGUAUUAUGCUUGCUUACAUCUGUCAGCGGAAUAUAUCUUCAAUGGAAGGAAUGCUGGCCCAACAGACAUCUAUGGAAAACAUUUCUAGAUGCCUUGCGUAAAAUUCAAAUCAAACCGACUCACUUAGGACUCAUCGGCUUUGCGCAGAAAUUCGGUGAAUCCCAUCAUCCUGCGUGCCUAAAAAAUCAUUCAACAGUUUUCUGCCGCACUUGCCUGUAAAGAGAUACACUAAGAUCCCCAUGCUGUGUGUCGCUUAUUCAACCUUUCUUUUCCCGCCUCUUUUUCAACGUAUUUUUCUAUCUUCAGUGUUCAUUCCUGUUUUAGAUCUAUUAAAGAAGGUUAUAUCUAAUAGCGGUUUAUUUUUUUGCCCUUCUUACUCUCGAUUCCACGUAAAAAUCGGUCGUUCUUAGGGGAGA